AUGAGCCGUACAUUAUUUGAACAAAACCAGAUCGAAUCAAUAGCAAACCAAUUUAAACUAUCACCCAACGUUUUAACCCAAGCAUUAACACAUAAAUCAUUCAAACAUGGCAACGCUCCCAACAAUGAACGUCUUCAAUAUUUAGGUCGUCGUUCUCUUGAAUACUUUGCUGUUGAUUUGAAUAAAUCUCAAAAUGCUCAACAAUUGAAUCAAAUCAUUGAAAAGGCAAAUGAGUCUCAACAUUUGGUAGCAAGAUUUGAUGCUCUAGGAUUAGAAUCUGCUGUUAGAUGUCAAUUACCAGGAAAUAAUGUCUCUCCCGCAGUGAAGAGUAAAGUGAUGCAAGCCUUGGUUGGUGCAGUAUAUCAUGAACAAGGAUUGAAUGCUGCAAGAGAAUUUGUAAAGAAGACUAUUUUUGUUUAA